AUGUGGCCUCUUCUCCUGCUGUGGGGCUGCCUGGUGCUCCCAGGUCACAAAGCCCUGCAGGGUCCGAAGGAGAUCAGAGGGUUUGAAGGUGGCACAGUAACCCUGCAGUGCUCCUACAGCGAAGAGCUGAAGGCCCACAGGAAGUAUUGGUGCCGCGAGGUUGGGUUCGUGGUCUACCGCUGCUCCAGCACCAUCUACGCAAGAAAAGGCCAGGAGACAACGCAGGGCAGAGUGUCCAUCCAUGACAGCCCCCAAGAGCUAGUGUUCACCGUGACCCUGCGGGACCUCACCCUGCAAGACACUGGGAAGUACUGGUGUGGGGUACAAAAAGUGGGCCGAGAUGAGGCUGUCCUGAUCUCCCUGUUAGUCUCUCCAGCUUCUCCUGGUCUCUACCCGACAAUCACCACAGCCAAGCAGAGGAAGACAGGGACUUCCCUGUACGGGCACACAGGGACCUCUCCGUAUGCAGGGACCUCUCCUCACGCAGGGACCUCUCCUCACGCAGCGACCUCUCCUCAUGCAGGGACUUCUCAUGCAGAGAGCUCCUACCCAACCACGCAGCUGGACUCCAUCUCGGCAAAGGGCACCCAUCCUGUUCCCAGCAGCAGUCGCUCCAAGCCCAGGGUGUCCAUCCCCAUGGUCCGCAUGUUGGCCCCGGUCCUGGUGUUGUUUACCCUUCUGCUGGCCACAGGCCUGAUCGCCCUGGGAAGCCGUGCGCUCCGCUGGAGAAAGGAAGCUCAACUGGCCUCCAAGACACAGGGGAAUGAGAAGGUCUACCUCUCACACAUGCCCCUGGGGAAUGGCCGAGACCCAGAGUACGCUAUGAUCCACCCUGCAGGGCCCACUGGGCCCCUCGCCAGACCGGAGCCCUCUGCCAGCCCCUACACAGAGAUCCAGUACCUAAGCCAGACUAUAGAGGAAGAGGAAGCCACUUCCCCGGCCCCCGAAGGGGACUUGAUCCCGAUGUCCCCCCUCCACAUGUGUGAGGAGAAGCUGGGCUUCUCCAAGUUCAUUUCCGUAUAG